AGAAUAUUUACAAAAAAGUAAAAAUGCCUCCUAAACGUAAGUUAAACCCGUUGAACCUAACACUUGAGGGGAGUUCGCCUAUCCCCAAUCAGCAGGUCUCUGACCUUGGCAAGAAGAUGGACGAACUAAACAUUGACGAAACUCAAAGGAAAAGAUUGGACCAGUUCAUUAAGCAGAAGCAAAAAGUGGGAGUCAUGGAAAAUGCUCAGAACUCUGACUUCACAAAGAAAGGAGAACUGGGUGCCGGAAAUGGGGGUGUUGUUCAUCUUGUGGUGCACAACGCAACUGGCUUUGUCAUGGCGCGGAAACUUAUUCAUUUGGAAGUGAAGCAAGCCAUCUUGAACCAAAUCACACGAGAAUUGCAGGUUUUGCAUGAUUGUAGAAGCCCGUACAUUGUUGGGUAUUAUGGGACUUUUUACAGUGAUGGGGAAAUCAGUAUUUGUAUGGAAAGCAUGGACGCUGGGUCGCUUGAUUUAGUGCUGAAGAAGGCGCGAAAAAUUCCUGAGAUUUACUUGGGAAAAGUGAGCAAAGCUGUUAUCCUUGGCCUCAAGUACUUAAGAGAAGAACGUAGCAUCAUUCAUCGCGAUGUAAAACCAUCAAAUAUUCUCGUUAAUUCCCGAGGAGAGAUUAAGUUAUGUGAUUUUGGCGUGAGCGGGCAACUGAUCGACUCAAUGGCCAACUCGUUUGUAGGGACAAGAUCAUACAUGGCCCCAGAACGCUUGCAAGGAUCCAAGUAUACAAUCCUUUCAGAUAUCUGGUCUCUUGGUCUCUCACUUAUUGAAAUGGCAAUUGGUAGAUUCCCUAUCCCGCCACCCACAGCCAGCCAAAUAGCAGCCAUAUUCAACACUGAAGUGUCAGGGGGAAGUGGUAAAGCACCAAACCCACAUGAUGUUGCACGACCAAUGGCAAUCUUUGAGCUGCUUGAUUACAUUGUGAAUGAGCCAGCACCGAAACUCCCACAAGGAAUUUUCGAGAAAGAUUUUUGUGAUUUCGUGGCGAGUUGCUUGAAGAAAGAACCGAAAGAGCGAUCAGAUCUCGGAGAACUAAUGAAAGCUCCAUUUAUUAAAAAUGUUAGCUUAACCCAGUAUGAGUUUGCUAAGUGGGUUUGCAGUACUAUGGGUUUGAAAGCCCCGAGUCCAGACACUGUACCUGAUUAAUAUGAUGGGUUUUUCCGAUUGCGCUUGCUACCAUAUCUGUCUGUAAAUAGCGUGUACUUUUCCGUCAAUUUUUCAAAAAUUCCCCAAUUAGUGUAGAGUGAUUAUGAUUGCAAUUAAACAGAUAUUACUAAUCAUAGCAUACGUUUUUUGUUUUGCUGUAGUCAUAAACUUUUUCUAUCGUCAGAGUUUAUUGUGUUGUGCACAUUAUACAAGAAUGGUAUCCGCAAUCAUGAGUUGCAGAAUUACAAAAUGUUUGCAC